AUGACGGAUGUUGACUCUUCAUCCGCAUCAGUGGGACAAGUGGAAAAUGGCACGUUCCUGGAGCGAUUCCCCACCACCUUGUCCACUUUGGUGGUUCCGAGCCCCAGUCACUUGUCCAAUGUCUACAUCUAUGUCUCCAUAUUCCUCAGCCUUCUAGCUUUCCUGCUUCUGCUUUUGAUCAUCGCCCUGCAGAGGCUCAAAAACAUCAUCUCCUCCAGCACUUCUGGCCCUGACUACCCCAGUGACACAGGCAGCUCGUUCACCAACCUGGAAGUCUCCAGCAUUUCCUCCCAGCAUUCCACUCUCUCCAGUCUGUCCACCUGA